AUGCAUAGUUUGAGUAAAAGCACACUAGCAUGUACAGAACCAGGAAUCACUGCCGGUCGAUUGAUGUCCAUACGUAAUAUCUAUCUUCGUCAAGAAUUAUCUACUAUUUCUGAUGAAAUUCAAGAGAACUAUAAAGACCGUUUACCCUUACUUCAUUUAGUAUCACUUGCAGCUUACGAACAAGUUUUUAAUAGACAGCCAUUAUCACUUCCUGAAGAUUUACGACGAGAUGCUGUUAAAUAUGGACUUAAAUAUUAUCAACUUAACAUCGAGAAAUUAGCAGAAAUAGAAAAUGGUCUUCUUCAGAUUCAUGAUAGACAAUCCAACGUUGAGAAAGAUUCGAAUAUUAUUCAAUCAAAUCACAAUCUACCAGCGAAAGAUCAAAUAAAGGAAAAUCAAUCAAGUUUACAGACUUCAAUAUCAUUAAACAAAACGAAAGAUGAAGAUACAUCAUAUGACUCAUUUCAAACAGAUAAUAAAUUUGAUUCAAUUUCUACUGACAUAGAAAACAUUGAAACAUCUGCUUCAUCUGAUGAGUCUUCUACUAUUAUAGCAAAUAAAAAUGAUAUUUCAUCGAAUUUAACAUUCCCUUCUAUCAAUACUUCCUCUUCAUUAAUUGAUACAUCUAGUGAUACGAAAUUAAAUUCUUUCAACACUGACCCAUUAAUGACAAGUAGAUCCAACGGAUCGAUGACAACCAGCCAGACCGAUCAAUCAUCUACUUCUAUCAAAAAACUUUCUCGUACAAAACCACCAAAGAUUAUUGUACGUCGACCAUCGAAUCAUAGUCUAACAUCAAUCAAUAAUGAUGAUUCAUUAAUGACAAUUGAUAGAAAUGAAACACCGGCUGAAGAACAAACAAUCGACGUUCAUUAUCUAUCAGCACAUAAACGAAAAAGCAAAAAACAACGAAAACAUAAAAGGGAUUAA